AUGGAGCGCUCAAGCAAGAUGGAGUUCUUCCAGAAGCUGGGCUACAGCCCAGAGGAUGUGGUCAGGGUGCUGGGCAAACUGGGUGAGGGCGCCCUGGUCAAUGAUGUGCUGCAGGAGCUGAUCCAGACCGGCAGCCGCCCGGGGGCCCAUGAGGGCAGCGCGGCGCCCGUGCUCAUCCCCAGGGGCUCCUGCGCCACCCCGGACUCUGCCCUGCGCAGGCAGGCGGCAGAGCUGGAAGAGGAUUGCGGAGGCCCAGCCAGUUCCUUGCGACCCAUAGUGAUCGACGGCAGCAACGUGGCAAUGAGCCAUGGAAAUAAAGAAGCCUUCUCGUGCCGGGGAAUCCAGCUGGCUGUGGACUGGUUCAGGGACAGAGGACACACCUACAUCAAAGUUUUUGUUCCAUCCUGGAGGAAAGACCCACCAAGAUCCGACACCCCUAUUAGAGAGCAGCACGUGCUGGAGGUGCUGGAGAAGCAGGCGGUGCUCGUGUACACCCCGUCCCGCAAGGUGAACGGCAAGCGGGUGGUCUGCUACGACGACCGCUACAUCGUGAAGGUGGCCUACGAGCUGGACGGCGUCAUCGUCUCUAACGACAAUUACCGCGACCUUCAGAGCGAGAACCCCGAGUGGAAGUGGUUCAUCGAGCAGAGGCUGCUCAUGUUCUCCUUCGUCAACGAUCGGUUCAUGCCUCCUGAUGACCCCCUGGGCCGCCGGGGACCCACUCUGAGCAACUUCCUGAGCAGGAAGCCGAAGCCCCCGGAGCCAUCCUGGCAGCACUGCCCCUAUGGCAAGAAAUGCACCUACGGCGUCAAGUGCAAGUUCUACCACCCGGAGAGGCCGCACCUGGCGCCGCUGGCGGUGGCCGACGAGCUUCGCGCCUCGCGGCUCGCCUUCAGCGACGACCCGGGGCUCCUCGGUCCACCCCCUCUGGACGCCGGCCUCACGCCCCGGCCGCGCCGUCCGGACUGGGUGGCGCCGGGGGCCUCGCCGACCCCGGCAGCCCUGCGCGGCCUCCCGAGCCCCCAGGGCCCGUCCGGCCCGCCGGUCGGGCCGCGCGGGGGGCACGGCCCCGGGGCCCAGCACCGGGACCUGCUCCCCCAGCGCCGACGGCCCGCCGACGCGCGCGCCCUCCCACCAGCGGCCGACCGGUUCCCGGGCUGCUCGGCCUGGGCGGAAUGCGGCUGGGGCGACGGCGCCUUCGGGGGACCUUCGGGGCCCCCGCCUCCCUCCGCUCCCGGCAAGGUGGACGCGCGCGCCCGGGCGCGCAUCGCGCUCUGCAGCAUCUUCCCGCCCCACCAGGUGGACAGCGUCAUGGCCCUAUUCCCCGCGCUCUCCGACGUCACCAGGCUCAUCCUGCUCAUCCAGAAAUUCCAAAGGUCUGGUGCGCCUGUGGAAAAAUCCUAA